CUUCUAAGGCCGCCGGUGAGAAGUUCUUGGCUGUUCUUGCCGAGAACUAGGCUGCUGCUGUGAAGCUGUUGCUCCUUGUUUAAGUAGUUAAUAUUGGGUAAUUCUUGGACAUCCUAAAAAAGUAAGUGUUGCGUGGGUAUUGUAAUGUUUUUUUUUUUGGUUUUUGGAAAUAUGGUUUGUUUUAUGGGACUCAGUUAUUACAUGGCAUCUGUGUUACUUGCUUGCGUUUGUAGCUUUUUUUUAUGGUUGUGUCCGUGACCUUGGACGAAACCCGUUAUUCAGUACUCUAUCCCUCUCCCAGUCACUGUCUCAACUAUGAGAGUCUCCCUCUGUCGCCUGGCAGUCAAACGUGUUUCAGUUCCAAUGAUUUUUCGACAAUCCGUUGUCCUUGCUAACGGAGCUUCGUUCACGUUCAAUUCCACGUUUCCUAGAGGAAGUAUUGCAUCAACCAAGGACGUAACAAACCAACCGCUCUACAACCCUCGUACAGGACUAGCCAAGGCAAUCUACGCAGAGGAAAGUCGUGUAAACCGCUUCAAACGACGCUACCAGAUGAAGUAAAAAUCACAAAUUAAGAAAACAAACAAUUCAUUUUAUGCUAAAGACAAACACUAUGGACAAAUAGAUGUGGGCAAAAUGAUUUCCAAUCUUCAUAACACAAAUCCGAAAUGGAUGCCCAUUCCGCCCGUCAAAGCUCUUUCUACGCUCCCCACGUCAACCGGUAGGAAAUAUUGAUACACCUAACGAGAAAAAAUGCAGAGGCGAUGACUGUGAAGAACUAGCUCGUAUUCAACGUCUAUAUAUACUAUUUCUUUUUGUAGGGUAGGGUAUGACUGCUACAUACGUCAUGACAAUUGUUUUAAGCACUCGGUUAUGA